AUGAACAUAAAUAGGCUUUCCUUUAUGAGGACGCCCUUUAACAUAGCGCCUAAGUGGAGAGUGGAGGACGUUUUGCUUCUCAUCAUUAUGGUGGUAUUAAACUACCCCAUAUAUUACCAGGAACCGUUCCAGCGCCAAUUUUACAUCAAUGACCUCACCAUUGCACAUCCUUAUGCAACAACUCAGCGUGUCAAUGAUUUUAUGCUUUUUGUUUAUAGUUUCGUUGUGCCUUUUUUGACUAUACUGAUCGUAGGUUCCAUUUUGGGCGAUAGAAGGCAUUUGGUCUUUAUUCUAUACACAUCUCUUUUGGGUUUAUUUCUCGCCUGGUUUAGCACCAGUUUCCUCACAAACUUCAUCAAGAAUUGGAUAGGAAGGCUGAGACCAGAUUUUCUAGCUCGUUGUGAACCUCAAGAAGACCUACCGUUCGACACCUUAUUUACCGCAAUAGAAGUGUGUACUACGAAAAACCACGAACGUUUAUUGGAUGGGUUCAGAACAACUCCGUCAGGACACUCAAGUGAGAGUUUUGCAGGAUUAGGAUAUUUGUAUUUUUGGCUAUGUGGUCAACUUUUAACUGAAUCCCCAGUAGUACCCAUAUGGAGGAAAAUGGUAGCCUUUAUACCUUUGUUAGGAGCUUCACUUAUCGCUCUUUCUAGAACUCAGGACUACAGACACCAUUUCGUUGACGUCCUUUUGGGAUCCAUACUGGGCUAUGUGAUGGGGCAUUUCUUUUAUAGAAGAACCUUUCCGGCCAUUGAUGAUCCCCUUUCCUUCAAACCAUUGAUGGAUGAUUCAGAUGUCACACUGGAAGAAACGAUUAACCAUCAAAGAAUUUCAGACGAGGAGCUACACCCUUUGUCUGAUGACGGUCUUUAA